UUAAACUCACGGUUGGUGUGGUAGGUUCCUUUGCGGAGAUGGAGUCUGGUGAUGGAGUUGAAGUGGAGCUUAUUAAAGGAUCUCUGGAAAUAUUUCCGGAGGCCAACGGAUUUAGUUCUCAAGUAAACAAGGAGAACGGAAUUGUAGAAUACGGUGCUGAUGCUGUUCUUGCAAGCAGUAGCUCUGAGGACACAUCAAAAGUCGAAGUCCCUGAUUUCUCUGAAGACAGGAAAGAAGACUCUGAAUCGAUUAAGGAGAAGAAAACAUCAAAUUCCACCAAGAAAGGUGGAUCUGAUGCAAUUAGUCAAAUCAAGAAGACAAAGCAAGGUUCCGGUCUUCUAAAUGGUUCUCUGGGUGAAGCCCACGAGAAAAGGAAGGCUCUUUCACAGAGUUUAUCCUUUCCUUCUAAAGGGUCACGUAAGACCUUAACUUCCACAAGGCAGGCUAGAGUUGCAUCAUCAAACACAAAUGGCCAUCUUACUGCUAAGAUUACUGCAUCGGGUGUUCAGAAAACAUCGGCAAUGAACAAGGACUUAGGAGAGGCAAUUAUUAGUGAAAAAUUUCCUAUAAAUUGUCCUUCUGCAGAAGAUGGAAAGGCAUAUGAUGUCAAAACAAAAUUCUCAGAUAGCUCAUUUUCAACCAAAAAGGAUGAUGAUGCCCACUCCACUGCGUCAAGUACAACACCACGUGCAAGAAGAGCACUGGCUGUGGUUUUAAUUUUAGGUUGGAUAAAGCGUGCUGAGAAACGCAAAGAGGUCUUGUGA